AUGCGUUUUGCUCCUUUAACUGCGACUUCGACCACUUCUACGCGUCGUCAUCAUCAGAAAAGAACAAACACAACAACACCGUUAAAGAGGAUUUCUCAGAAGAAGAACAAAACCUCGUCGUCGUUUAAUCGAAGAAGCAUCAUCACGAUGAGCAGCACGGGUGGGGAAAACGGAGAAAAGAUACAAAAAUCCGACGCGGAGUGGAAGAAGAGUUUAACCGCGCAACAGUUUCAAGUCUUACGACUGAAAGGCACGGAACCCGCGCGAACGGGGGAGUACGAUAAGUUCUACCCGUCGGAGGGGCACUUCGUGUGCGCGGGGUGCGGGAACGCCUUGUAUUCCGCGGAAUCAAAGUUCAACAGCGGAUGCGGUUGGCCAGCGUUCGAUAAGUGCUACGAAGGGUCGGUUUCGACGAAUAUCGACGAGACGUUUGGCAUGCGAAGAGUGGAAAUCGUCUGUGCAAAAUGCGACGGGCAUCUCGGGCACGUGUUUGAAAACGAAGGGUUUACCGCGACGGCGGAACGUCACUGCGUGAAUUCAGUGAGCGUGAAAUACGUGGAAGGAGAGUGCGAAAAGAAGGAAGCGAAGGUAAUCGAUGGAACGAGCGUAACGGGAGGCGCGCGAAACGCGCUUUCGAUGUUGAUUCGGCCAGCUUUGUAUUUUGCAAUCGGGUAUAGCGCGCUGAAUAUUUUGGCGAAUAGUGCCUCGAGUUUUAUGACGCGCGGCGCGCAAUGA